AUGAGUAAAAGUGUCAUGACCAAAACCCGGUAUCUAGGCCAAAGCCACUGGAUGAAUCAAAUAGGAAGCUUUAAGUACAUAUUGGAAAUAUUCGACCAGGAGUGUCGAGAAAAGAAGUCAGAGCCGAUAGCGAUGGUAAACCGGUGCAAGUCGCUGGCUCGGACGGUUAAGGCGCAAAGGGCACCCGUACAGACUAUUAAAUAUGGUACUAAUAUACCGUCACGAGAAGUCGCGGAUAAGUUCGUAGAGGGAUAUCUUCGAACGUCGGAAACUGUCUUCCGAAUAUUACAUGUCCCGUCAUUUAGAAAGGACUAUGAGAAUUUCUGGUUGUCGCCCGACUCGGUCGAUCUCCCCUUCCUGAUUCAACUUCAGCUCGUUAUGGCAAUUGGUGCCGCGGUUUAUGAUGAUCAGUAUACCAUGCGCAAGUCGGCUAUGCAAUGGGUGUACGAGGCACAAUCCUGGCUCAUUUCUCCGGCCCCUAAAUCAAGGCUGACCCUCACUGGCCUACGGGUCAUGCUGCUUCUCUGCCUCGCACAAGAGACUGCAUCCGUAGGCCAGGAUCUGGUCUGGAUCCACGUAGGACAAUUAAUGCGCACGGCUAUCUAUAUGGGCCUUCACAAGGACCCGAAGAAACUACCCAAGAUGAGCUUGUUCCUCUCCGAGGUUCGCCGCCGGUUGUGGAAUACUAUCCUCGAAAUCGCGCUACAAGCCAGCGUUGACUCUGGAGGGCCGCCCCUAAUCUAUCUUGAGCAGUACGAUACUUCCGUGCCGGGCAAUUACGACGAUGAUCAACUGACAGACGACGACACGCCGGUUACGGAUAAUCCCCCAAAUAAGUUCACAGAUAUGUCUGUGGCUAUAGCACUUCGUGGUAGUUUUUCGGCGCGUCUAGCGAUUGCCCGGCUCCUUAACGAAAUCGGUACACAGAACACAUUCGAUGAUACCAUUCGACUUCACAACCAACUCAGUACCGCGUACAAAUCUCUCUCACAACAGCUCCAACGAUUCACGCCUGGCGACCGACAACCGACAGGGUUUCAACGACGCCUCGUAGACCUUCUCGUGCGCCGAUACUUCAUGGCACUCCAUCUUCCUUACUUCAGCUCGGCCAUGAGUGAGCCGGCUUACGCUUUCUCGAGGAAGACUGUAGUAGAGAUGAGUGCAAAACUGUAUUCUACUUUUUUCCUUCGGCCGCUUUUAGCCCUCGGCCACUGCGACCUCAAAUGA